AUGAAAAUGAAAAUAGUUUUAAUAAUUAUGUUAUUUAAUUUGCAUUUAUUGAAUUGUUAUGAAGAUUACGAGGAAAAAGAAGGUGCCAGUUGUACGACCAAUACCGAAGAGGCUGGUGUCUGUAGAUAUUUUUAUGAUUGUGAAUACGCGAAAAAUCGAGUCAAAAGUAAGAAAAAAAUAAAGGAUUGUUUCUAUAAUGAUAACAAAAGAUAUGUCUGUUGCGUUGAAACAACAAAAAUAACACCAGUAACAAGUAACCCAUUAGAACAAAAACCUCCGGAACCAAUAUCUGACAGAGAGUUAGUCAAAUUUCUUAACGAAGGACUCUUGCAGAGCAACGAUAUUGAAUGUCGAUUCAAUGGUACAUUUCCUGUAAAAUGUUGCCGCAUUGUACACGACUUCACCACUCUGAAAUUCAACGAGCCACCUAAAUGUCCAAAACUGAAGAAACCGUACGCACGCAACAACUUGUCACCUCACCAAAGUGUCAUAUACGAUGCUUGUUACGCAUACUCGAGACUCGGAAGUAAAUGUCUGGUAAGUGACUUUAGCAGCGACUGGUACGUUCGAGACGACUGCCAGAGAUUCAGGAGCGUGAUAAAGAUAUCGGACGGUGAUCCCGCUAAGGUUAUGGAAUUCCCACACAUGGCAGUCCUCGGCGGUAAAAAAAAUCAGGCCAAGGAAAUCGUUUGGUUCGCCGGCGGGUCUUUGAUUAGCGAAUAUUUUAUUCUGACAGCGGCGCAUGCUGUGGGUAGCCGAGACGUUGGCGCUGUCAAAUACGCUUUAUUGGGGACUAUUUACAAAAAUGAUACUCGCAGCGGAGAACUCUACCACAUUGUGAAAAUCAUAAGGCAUCCUGAACACAAUUGGCAAACUAAGAAAAACGAUAUUGCCCUACUCAAGGUUCACACUCGAGGGGCAGGAUAA